AUGCGGGCCCACAUAGAUGCCCAUCUCUCCGGUUCUUUGGCCGGUGAAGUCCCAUCCACUUGGCUCCAGCAGCAUGGCCGCACCCGGUGCUUCGUCUGCGGGCUUAGCGUGUCCGAUAGACACGGGGUCCAUCCGACUUGCCGCCCCGAAGCUCGAGCGGCCGCAGUGGGCCCCCACCCUCCUGAUGCUGGGGGCGGGGCUGCUUUGCCAACGCUUGCAGCCAUCCAAGCCGGGCAGACGCCGACCUUGCGGCAUGUGCCGGCCCUUGCCCGGCAUACCUGGCAGCAAGCUUUGACCCGGGCUCUGGCCACGGUUGCCCACCGCAAUGAUGAGCGCUCUUGGACGGAGUUUCUGAUGUUGCCUCAGACGGUGUUGUGCGCCCCGCCUCGUGGCGGGCGAAAACACCGCCGGGCUGCAGCGGCCUAUACCCUUGACCGUCUGCAGAGGUGGCUUGAUGGGGAGCGCGUGAGUCUGUGGGAGACCCGUCGCCAGCCCCCUCGCAACCACCCUGGGCCGUUGUCCCCAGAGGAACGGCGAGACCUGGCCACCAGUUUGGGCCGAGAAGGGUUCGACAAGAAGGCAUGUACUGCCCUGCAAUCUGAAGGCUUGUGCCCCUUCAACCCUGAGACUGCCAAGAGCCUGGAAGCCUUGCACCCCCGGAGCUUGCCGCCAGCUGUCACUCCUUUGCAAGACCUUCCUUUGGCGCCCGAGAUUGUGCCUGAGUUGGUGGCCCGUUGUUUGCGUGCUUUCCCUGCCGAAACGGCCCCGGGGCCCACUGGACUUCGCGUCCAACACUUGCGGGACGCUUGUGUGGCCGGUGGCACCGACGCCCUCUUGACACAGCUUGCUGCUGUGGUCAGCUUGGUGUCGCAAGCCCCGACCACCAUUGCGCCAGUACUGGCGGGGGCAGGCCUUGUCGCUCUACCCAAACCUUCUGGAGGUGUGCGUCCCAUUGCCGUCGGUGAGUUGCUACGCCGCCUGGUGGGAAAGUGUUUGAUGGCUUCGGUGCGGGAAGAGGCUCGUCACUAUUUCUGGCCUUCGCAGGUUGGUGUUGGCGUCAAAGGGGGUGCAGAGAAGGCUGUGCACACAGUCCGGGCCUGGAUGCAGAGGAACAGCUCCUCGUCCCAGAAGGUUCUGGUGAAACUUGACUUUGCCAAUGCCUUCAAUUGUGUGAGCCGUCAGGUUGCCCUUCGUGAAGUCGCUACCAAGUUUCCUGGUCUGGCCCGUUUUGCCACCUGGUGUUACCAAAUGCCCAGCAGCUUGCGGUUUGGUUCUUUCACUUUGGAGUCCCAGACUGGAGUACAGCAAGGCGACUCUCUCGGGCCCUUGCUAUUUGCUGCAGCCAUCCACCCAUUGGCCCGCACAUUGCGGGCCCAGGGCCUGGACCUGGCCAUCCACUACUUAGACGAUGGGGUGUUGGCUGGAGACUUGGGCGCUGUUGCGGCGGCGCUAGCCCACGUCCAGCAGCAAGCCUCCAGCAUGGGCUUGGUGCUCAACUUGGCUAAGUGUGAGGCAGUUGCAGUUGGUGGCCUUUGUCCUGCAGACCUUGGACCGCAUUUUCCUGCUGCUUUGUUGCGUCACCCUGAUGGUUCGCCCAGAGUUCUCCACAACUUUGAAUUCCUUGGUGCACCGAUCGGCGAUGCGGCCUUCAGUGACGCCCACACCGCUCGCCGAGCCGAGCAAGCCAAUCGGCUACUGGAAGCGCUGGCUUCCUUGGAAGACAGUCAGGUUGGCUUGCGGCUGCUGCGGAGCUGUGCCGGCUUCGUACGUCUGGUGCACAGCAUGCGCUGUAACCCUCCUGGGGUUCAGCAACAUGCUUUGGCUACUUUUGAUCAGAUGGUGCGGACUUGCUUUGGUGGGCCGACUGGUUUGCAUUUGACAGCGUCACAGUGGCAACAAGCUGGGCGCAGCCUUGCUCACGCUGGCUUAGGUUUGCGCUCCACUGUGCAACAUGCCCCAGCCGCAUAUCUGGCGUCUCUGCGUUCUAGCCUGAGUGCUUGUGCUGAACUCGACAGUGGGUUCUCGCCUGUGGAGGUGCUCACUGCGCCUGGGGCCCUUGAUGCUUUGCGCAAUCUGAACUCUCAGUUGGACGGUGGCAGCCAGCUCUGUUUGGAAAAAGCUCUUGCUUUCAACCAACAUGCCCUGUCCGCUCGUUUGGAUGCUGCUUGCUGGGAAAAGCAGCUUGCCGGCGCUAGCCCCGCUGAGCGGGCCUCCCUUUGGUCCGAAACCGGUUUGGGGGCCAGGGCUUUCCUAGCUGCCGUGCCAUCGGGCCCUACCCGCAUGGAAAAGGCAACUUUUGUGGCUGAGCUUCGUGUGCGCCUGGGUGUUCCUGAUGCUCCCACCGAUGCCUGGUGCCCCCGUUGCGAUGGCAUUCUUGACCGUCUCUCCCAUCACGCUGGUGUUUGUGUCGCUGGUGGAGAACGAGCACAGCGGCACUACGCUACCCGAAAAGGAGCGUCCCGGGCUUCUGCUAUACCCCAGUCCCCUGAUGACACCCAGUCGGCUCGUCGCCGUCCAGCCGAUGUCUUUCUGCCAGCGUUAGCUGGAGGCCCUGCUGCACUUGAUUUCGCCAUUACGGCGCACCAGCGGCAGGACACUCUUGCUUUGGCCAGCAGCAGGGCAGGGGCUGCCGCGGAGGCGUAUGCCCGACAGAAGGAGGCCCAUCUACACACUGCGCAGGCUUGUGCCUCGCAAGGGGCCUCCUUCGUUCCCAUGGUCGUCGAAACCACUGGACAUUGGGAUGUUGGCGCGGCCCGGGUGCUGCGCCAUAUAGCCACUGCGGUGGCGGCUCGCACUGGUGAUCUGGCGGAUCAUGUGCACAACUCUAUGCUGCAGGAGCUUUGUGUGGUGGUCAGAUCCUUCCGGGCCCGGGCGGCUUUGAGGCGUCGCAGUGAGUUGGCUGACGCAUAG